CAUCGACUCCGUCUUCCCCAAUCCAAUCGCAAACCCCCGAGGAAAAAGAAUCCUCCGCAGCUCAGGCGAUCGAUCUUUAGCGCUUGGCGAACCUCCUUCUCCGUCAAGAUGCAGAUCUUUGUGAAGACACUCACCGGCAAGACCAUCACCCUCGAGGUUGAGUCUUCUGACACGAUCGACAAUGUCAAGGCGAAGAUCCAGGAUAAGGAGGGUAUCCCGCCGGACCAGCAGCGAUUGAUCUUUGCCGGCAAGCAGCUUGAGGAUGGGCGCACCCUAGCUGAUUACAACAUCCAGAAAGAGUCUACCCUCCACCUGGUGCUCCGCCUCCGUGGUGGAAUGCAAAUCUUCGUCAAGACCCUUACUGGCAAGACCAUCACCCUGGAGGUGGAAUCUUCGGACACCAUUGACAACGUGAAGGCUAAGAUCCAGGACAAGGAGGGCAUCCCCCCGGACCAGCAGCGCCUGAUCUUUGCAGGUAAGCAGCUUGAGGAUGGUCGCACUCUUGCAGAUUACAACAUUCAGAAGGAGUCUACUCUCCACUUGGUGCUCCGCCUUCGUGGAGGCCAGUAAUUUCCUUGCAUCCUUGGAAGUUUGUUCGCAAGUCUGUUGCGCCUGGUGGCCUCUUCCAUUGUCUCUUGGUUUACUAUGUGCAAGUCUGAGUCACGUGUCUGUUGCUGAAACUCUUUAGUCAUGUGCCGUUUGCUAGUACAUCUGUCGGUGCCUUAUGGCAGUGUUAUCUCUGUUAUGAGUCAAGUGCAAUUUGAAUAUUUCAUAAUGUUCCUGAUAACACUUAUCCCAUGACUAUGGUGGCUUUGUGUUCUUAA